UUUGCUUUGCACUAUAGUUCAAUACAUUGCUGAUAUAGUGAGGACGCCUGCGGGGCGAGCUGAGACUGGAUUUGGGGGGCUUUUGACGGCAGUGCCUUGACGGAAUUCGGGGGUGUGAAAUGAGCUCACGAUUUGUUUGGGGGUGAGGCUGACAAGCGGACUUUGUGAACCUCGACACGACCUGGCGGACACUUCUGGGAAAGUGACGGACGCAUCCACCCACUCGAAAGUCACGGAGCACGGGAGUGUCUUUGACAACGGUCGGAUAUAGCGGGACCUUUGUGGUGCAACGUUUGGGCAACAAUGACACACGGGAGACUGUUUUGCGCCAAGAAGCAGGGUAGGCUUCAGAUCCACGCGCAAAAAAGAAAAUAAGAGUGGAGUGGCGGCGGGUCACAAUGCCUAACGGGAGACCCCUCUUGCAGUCCUCGCGCCCGCAAUAGUGUGUUUAUUUAGCGGUGUUCCGUGAACACAGCGCCGUAGAUGCACCACAGGCUCGCCCUAAUUUCCUGUGGCCAUGCCUGCACAUUUGGAGCGGUCGCGCGCUGCAGAAAAAGGCUCUGCCUGCGCGCCGAGCCGCAACGGUUACGCGCAAACGCGUGUCGUCCCACUGAGCCGCGACGCACAGCGCGCGUCGUCGUGGGAGAGGCUGGCGUGGGCCCACGCGUGGACUUGCGGCGGAGUGGGCUGCGCGGCGUGUGCGCUCGUGCUGGCCGCACUGUUGAGGUGCGCACAGUGGAGCUGUGAGUUAAGCGCACUCCCGCAGCUGCAGUCGUGCUCUCGUCCUCACUCGCUCGCAGGCUGUCUUGCGGAGUUGCUGCUCGCUUGCUGGACUGCGCUCUCCCCUUUCCUCAGCGUCCUGUGUGCCUUCUUUUGGCUCGGCGUCUACCUGACCCACUGCGGCGUGCUGCUCCAAACAGCUCUUUUGCUCCUCACCGUGUUCCACUUGGCCGAAGCUGCGGCGUGGAGCCUCCUGGACGGUCCGCAUGAAGUAGCGGCCGCACUGGUGCUCGCGUGUGUGGCCGGCGGCGCACUGAUGCUAGCGCGCCUGGACCGGGGCUCGUCAGUGGUCGUCAGCGUCGUGCGCGCCGUCUCGCUCUUGUCGCUGCACAAGGUUCGACCCGCUUGGAGGCCAUACGUGGUGUACCUGCUGGGGGUCGUGGGCAUCCUCCUGGCGAGGUAUGCUGACAGGCUCCUUGCAGGUCAAGGGACACUCGAGGAGGGCUGCACCCCUGUGACUGGAGCCAAGGAAGACGUCCCCACAUUUAAAAGGCGCAGGAGGUCCAGUUCGGUGAUAUCCACAGACAUGGCACACAGUCAGUCCAACAGCAAGUCACAUCGCAGGACCUCUCUGCCAUGCAUCCAGCGGGACCAGAUACUCGCCCGCUCAGACUGGGAGCACAAAAGAGGCUCCCGAGGAUCGCAGUCAUCAGGUACCAGCAUCAUGGUGGACAUUGCAGUGAUGGGAGAAGCACAUGGGCUGAUCACAGACCUCCUGGCUGACCCCUCUCUGCCCUCCAACACCUGCACCUCACUGCGAGCUGUCAGCAGCCUGCUCACCACCCAGCUCACCUUCCAGCCCUUGCAUCGGCCCCGCCCCGCCCCCCUGCUUAACCCCUCGGACGCCUACGUCUGCUCCGACUCCGAGGAGGGACCCGAGAAGGGUGAGAAGACGUCCAUCCAUAAGCGUCUGAGGCGGAGUCUCCACCCGGGUCUUCUGAGGAAAAUCUCCUCCACAUGGACCACCACCACCUCCGCCACAGGCCUGCCCACAAUCGAGCCAGGGCCCGUGCGGAGGGACCGCAGCGCCAGCAUCAAACCCUACCACGAAACACUCAUGUGCAGUUGUGGAAGACCAUACAUAAAGCUGAGCCACGGAGAGGGCUCGAUAGACAAGGGAGACCGAGUACCACGUUCAGCAGAGGAUCAAGUGGUUGCGUCGUCAGACUAUGACAGCACCCACGAAGCCAACCAUAGUGACAGCAGUGAUGUAGCACACACAGAGGAGGACACAGAAGAAGGAAAAAACUCCUCCCAGAAUGUCAUCCUCCACCCGCUAAUACCUCCUGAGGACAAACCUAUCCUGGCCCCGGAGCCGCUAUUAAUGGAAGAUUUAGAGCCGAUGAUGAAUCAGCUAAACAAUUGGAACUUUCCCAUCUUCAGCUUGAUGGAGAAGACAAAUGGAAAAUGUGGACGGAUCCUCAGUCAGGUCUCAUACAGGCUUUUUGAGGACACUGGAUUGUUUCAGACCUUCAAGAUUCCCAUCCAAGAAUUCAUGAACUACUUCCAUGCCCUUGAGAAUGGUUACAGAAACAUACCAUAUCACAAUCGAGUGCAUGCCACGGAUGUGCUCCAUGCAGUCUGGUACCUCACCACACAGCCGGUUCCGGGUCUGCCCAGCCUCAUGGCUGACCACAGCUCUGCUAGUGACUCAGACUCCGAUAGUGGAAUAACUCACAGUCAUAUGGGCUUCCUGAUGUCAAAGACAUACACUGUGUCAGAGGACGGUUAUGGCUGCUUGUCCGGCCUCAUACCGGCUCUGGAGCUUAUGGCUCUCUACGUGGCUGCCGCCAUGCACGACUAUGACCACCCCGGGCGGACCAACGCCUUCCUGGUGGCUACCAGCGCCCCACAGGCGGUGCUAUACAAUGAUCGUUCGGUUCUGGAAAACCACCACGCUGCCUCGGCCUGGAACCUCUUGUUGUCCCGACCGGAGUAUAACUUCCUCCUCAACUUGGACCACAGGGAGUUCAAGCGAUUCCGUUUCCUGGUCAUUGAGGCCAUAUUGGCUACAGAUUUGAAGAAGCACUUUGAUUUUCUCGCAGAAUUUAAUGCAAAGGUAGGGGAUGAUCCAUCUUCAGGCAUUGAUUGGUCCAAUGAGAAUGACAGGUUGCUGGUUUGCCAGAUGUGCAUAAAGUUGGCAGACAUCAACGGGCCACUAAAGUGUAAGGACCUGCAUCUACAGUGGACAGAGGGCAUUGUCAAUGAGUUCUAUGAACAGGGUGAUGAAGAGUCCAAUCUGGGUCUCCCCGUCAGCCCUUUCAUGGACCGAGCCGCACCGCAGUUGGCCAAACUCCAGGAGUCAUUCAUCACACACAUCGUGGGACCCUUGUGCAAUUCUUACGACUCGGCCUGCCUCAUGCCGGGACGAUGGGUGGAACGCAAGAUGGAUGCCGAGGAACCUGAAAGCACAGAGAACGAGGAGGACGAGGAGGACACGGCGGAGGAAGACACGUCCACCAGCUCAGAGUCAUCACAGAAAACAGCCAAGAAGAGGCGGAAAGUGUUCUGUGAGAUCACUCAUCACCUGCUGGAGAACCACGAGAUGUGGAAAAAAGUGAUCGAGGAGGAGGAGGACCAGAAGCAGGGCCAAGGAGCAGAUUCGGCUCAUGUGAACAGUGUAGCGGAGCCCGUUUUGGCCACUCACCAAGAAGAAGAGGAGCCGGGCAGCAGAGAAGAGCCGCUCGAAGGGGAGGAUCCCGAGGAAGGAGUCGAGGAACCCGAGUGGUCUGCGUCAACGCAGCAAGUGGACGAAGACCGGCAGUGAAGGCAACAUCCGGCCUCUUUCACGAUUAGUACAAGUGUUUUUUUUCUUCUAUACUAUUUACUGAAUCCUGUUUUUGCCAGCACAUCACUUUAGACACAACACUGUAGAUUGGGAAAUGUGUGCCUAAGAAUAAAAACAGGGUGGGAAAUUAUGUGCUUUACACGUUUUUGUCUAAAUAUUUGAGUUCACCAACUAUUUGAAAGGAGCUUUUUGUCUUGCAAUAUGAGAUUAUGCAUGUUCUUUGGAAUACAGACUCUUUUGUUACUGUCAAGGGAAAAAGGCAGACUGGCAACACAGACCUUAACCACAAUGUGGUAAUACGGGACUGAUGAAAUUUGCUGCCAAUUUAUACCUAAUUUUCUGAAUGCAAUGACAUGGACAUCCCCCGUUACUUGUACUUGUGCUUUAAUUUAAGCAGGAGUUUUUGAGUGGAGGUCAAAAUGGGCCAUCAAAUGAAGAACAUUGGUGUAAAUGUCAUUCCUUGAACCUCAGCCAACAUGAGUCUCUCACACAAUAAAUAUUUAUGAAAGCUAAUUUUAUGCACCGUAUCGCCAUGUAUGUUUUAAAUGCAGAUGUUUCAUCCUCAUUGCAAGUUUAACUUUGUGUCCAAGUGAAAGAUUCCCCUGCCUAAAAUAUGAAUAAGGUUCUCCAUGUUGUGGUUAUGCCAAAAUGGGAACUUGCAGCAGCAAUGUUUUUAUGGACUGAUUCAUACGAUCAUUAGAAAAAAGGGAAUAAACCAAACCAAGUUUGACAUUUGGAAUCUCAGAAGUCAUAAAUCCAUGAAAUGAGAUAGACUAUAAAGGGAAUAUUACAUUCAUGCCCUUCUUUUUCUCUACUUUUAUUUCUUCAAUUCUGCAUUUUCUGUGUGUCCAUUCCUCCAUAUGUGAACCUUAAACCCUCAGGAAAUCUUCAACUGUUGAAAUUCAACAAAAGCUCUACUAGGACAGUAAAGAUGUGCAGGGAUAUUAUUGCAAGCUACUUUUAGAUGAUGUCCACAAUACACAUUGAAGCACAGGAAGUAUGAAAUCAGGUAGCAAAUUUAAGAA